AUGGCAUCCCUCGCCAAACAAAAAGCCACCGCUGGCGUCUCCCACGACUCGACGCACUCGUCCAAACUUCGUGGCCGCACAAUUGUCAAGCCCAUUUUGAAAAAACUCAACUCGCACUCCACCUCUGACAGAGGAUCCUUGGAUCUCGAUCCUGCCUGGGACGACCUACCCUCCCCCCUCAUCCGCCCCUCUGCCGAAUAUGACUGCAGCUACGCUGAUGCCACCGGCACGCUUCCUUACCACCACUCGGGCGCCUACGACGUCUCUGCUGCCGCCACGACCGCUGCUGAUGCUUUUCGAUCCCGCGAUGUGAGCUUCUCGACUUCGGCAUCCCUCGAGUACCCUACUUGGCGCUCCAAAAACAAGUACUCCCACAUGCGAUCAGCCAGUGGCACCUCGCAUACCUCGUCCAUUGCCACAAAUGUCAGCGCCCGCAACGGAACCUUUGUGCACCCAUUUCAGCAAACUCCCAGGACCGCCACACCUUCUCUGUCUUACGCCAACUCCAUCGCCUCCAUCGACGCAUCCGCACCAGUUUCCCGCGAGUAUGCCUCCACCAUCACCGAAUACGACGACCUUAUUUCAACCGCCACCUCCUCCUCUGCGAAUCUACCUCCUCGCACCACUUCUCUCACCAGAUCAGCCACCUUUUCGCCGCCUUCUCGCUUCCGUGGACCCUCGCUGGACGAAUCCCACCCCUCCCUGACCCUGUCAGACGGCAGCCACACGCCUAGGCAGAUUCCCACCAGCCGCUCCAACUCUGUAGCCACAGCCGUGUACAUGCCCGAAUCCACAACCCAUGAUUCUGGUCUUUCUCCCACUUCUUGCCAGAUGCCACCCAUGUCAACUUCCAUCUCUUCCUCUGGGACUCCCACAUCCUCUUCGCCCUUAUCGCCUCUACGCAGCUCUCUCGACAUUAGCGGGUUUCGCCUGCGUUCUCGCAGCGAGGUCGACACCCGCACGCACCAGGAGCAGGUCCGCGAGGCUCGUCGCAAGUUUCAGGAAAAGGAAAAGGCCAAAGACGAAAAGCUUGCCCAAAAGCAGCUGCGCCGUCGCGAACGUGCCGACCAAACUCGUGAUCGCGCAAAGAUUCGCAAGAGCACUACUGGCUCUACAUGCACGGCCAAGUCAUCCGCCACCACCGGCCGCUAUGCUGCUAGCCAUGUCACCAACGAGUAUUCUCAUGAAAAGUCCGACUUUGCCAACACUGGUGCCUACGAUGAUGUUGCUGCCGGUCAAACUCCCGCCAGGGCCGAUGAAGUCCAGUUCCAGCGACCACAGCGUCGCAAGGGCGCCAAGCACAAGACCAACGGCGCCUGGACCGCCUUUAUGCUCUGGCUCCGAACUCGGUUGCUCAGACUGGGCAGGCACUAG